UUCCGCACCUUCAUCGUUUUUUCUUUUCGUUUUUCUUUUAUUUUUUUAUUUUUUGAGAGGAAUCUCCAUGACAAUGGCUGCUCACUCCACCGGAAGUUUGCCAAUUCCGGAGUCCUCCUCCCUUUGCCGGCAAGCCGUUCCUCCGGCUCGACACAGGUAUCGCCCGUGCAGUCUGUCCAUGAACGGGUGCGGAAGGGGAGGAAUGGUGGUGCCGGUGGGCAUCUGCGAGACGAGGACUCUCCCCGCGGUCUCCGCUCCCGAGUCGGCGGUGUCGGAGCUCAAGUCGGCGAUUUCCGCUUGGUGGUUGCGGACCCGCCUCCCUCCACCUCCGGCAUCAUCCGCCUCCAGGUCCCAAUUCGGCAGAGGGCGGAUGGCAUCGUUUGGCUCCACGCGCAGCACCCUCUCCCUCGCUGCUACUUCUCCGCCAAAUCUCACCCGAGCGUCUCCUUGCCCUUGUCCUUUGGGGACAGCAAUGGAGGGCGGCUCCCAAGCUCGGAGGACGAGGACAUCGUCAGCGUCGCAGGUGUGGGAUCCGCGGUCUUCUUUCAAGGUUCCAAUCCUUUCUCCUUGGACGACUGGCGCUGCAUCAAAAGAUUCCUCUCAAAGGAUUGUCCUUCGAUUCGUGCAUAUGGUGGUAUUCGUUUUGAUGCGAGAACAAAUGUUUCUCCUGAAUGGAAGAAUUUCGGUUCAUUUUACUUUAUUGUUCCGCAGGUUGAGUUUAAUGAGCUUGAAGAAAGUUCAAUGCUUGCUCUGAAUAUUGCAUGGGACAACACUCUUCUUUGGACAUGGAAAAAAGCAAUUAAUGGGGUUCAAGCUACAAUGCACCAGAUCACCCCCUGUUUCGGUGGAUUAAGGAAGCUGGUCCCAAGAACAGCCAUUAUUGGCUUUAAUCAUGUUCCGACAAGAACAUCUUGGGAUAUUUCUGUUAAGAAAGCCCUGCAGAUCAUAAAAGGAAGAAAUUCGGAACUGGUGAAGGUUGUACUUGCAAGGUGUAGUAGAUAUGUUACUGAUACUAGCAUUGAUCCUGUUUCACUAUUAGCUUGUUUACAGCAGGUUGAAGGCCAAAAUGCUUACCAGUUCUUUAUUCAGCCACCUGAUGCUCCAGCAUUUAUUGGAAAUACGCCAGAGAAAUUAUUUCAUCGAAAGUACUCCAAUAUUACAAGUACAUCUCCAGAACUGAUAGCCGAUUCUAAGCCCGGAUCAUCGCUCAAAACUUUUCACAAAAAAAUUAAACAUAGUACUAAAGAUAAUAAUGAAUUUACAAUAGUACGGGAAAGCAUUAGAAGAAAGAUGGAGAUAACUUGCAGUGAGGUACUUGUUGAACCCAGUAAAGCACUUCGAAAACUUCCUAGAGUACAACAUUUAUCUGCAGAGUUAUCAGGCAAAUUAAGGAAUGAAGAUGAUGAGUUUGACAUUCUAACAUCUCUCCACCCAAGUCCAGCAGUUUGUGGAUUGCCUACAGAAGAGGCACGCCGAUUUAUAGAAGAAAUUGAGAUGUUUGAUCGAGGUAUGUAUGCUGGACCUGUUGGUUGGUUUGGAGGAAGAGAAAGUGAAUUUGCUGUUGGGAUCAGAUCGGCUUUAGUGGGAAAGGGUGUUGGCACAUUGGUCUAUGCUGGUGCUGGGAUCGUUGAAGGAACUAACUCAUCUUUGGAAUGGGAUGAACUAGAUCUGAAGGCAUCCCAGUUCACAAAGUUGUUUGAACGUAAAGAAGUACCUGAUGCUUGCUAUCAAGAGAUGAACAUGGGCUCCGCCAACUGAGCAGGCACCGUUGUGGAGGUGGGUGAUUGAUAGAUUGGCUGCUGGUUCAGCUUUUUCCUCCUUUUGCGGUGGACGUGCAUGACGAAUUCUGGCAGUUGAAAGUCUUGAUUAAGCUGAAGAAGAAGGAUCUGCUUUCCCGAGGGAAUUGCAGAUUUCCAAACCUUGUAGCCGGCAUAUACUUUGGUAAUAACUUAAACCAUUAUGUAUGUACAGACAUUUUGGUAUGUUAUUUUACUGUAAACAACACUCCAAGUCAGUUGCCAUGCGUAUAUGGCUUUGCCGA